CUUCCCAGUGCACUCAUUCCUCCGAGGUCCAUUUCUCACUCUUCACUUUCACCGUUAGAGAGAGAGAGAGAGGCUGUAGAAGUUUCUUCAGAAGGUCUUCCAAUGGCGGCGAGAAGCGCACUGUUAAAGUACCUGAGAGUUCAAGUCCAGGCCGCACCUCAAAACCCUAGCUCCGCUUUGUUCUCUUCCUUCAAUUCGAUACGCCGCCGUUUCUUCUCGGAGGAGGUCAGGGGCUCCUUCCUGGAUAAGUCUGAGGUCACAGAUCGUGUUAUCAACGUCGUGAAGAACUUCCAGAAAGUUGAUCCCUCAAAGGUUACUCCCAAUGCGCAUUUUCAGAAUGAUCUUGGGUUGGACAGUUUAGAUACUGUUGAAGUUGUGAUGGCUCUUGAGGAAGAAUUUGGAUUUGAGAUUCCCGAUAGUGAAGCAGACAAGAUUAACAACAUUAGUCUCGCUGUCGAUUUUAUCGCUUCUCACCCUCAGGCGAAGUGAAGAGAAUCAUGAAACCUCAUUCUUGAAACUGAAAGAUGUUUCUUUUCUUUUCUUUUUUCAGAGUUGGCUGUGAAUCAAACCAUUCAAAUCUUCCUCUUACUGGUUCUCUUCCCUUUCUGAUAAAUGCCGGUUGGAUUUUGGAUUAUUUUGUGACAACUUCGUAAGAGUGGGAUUUUCCACAUCGAUUUUUCCUUUUCAUUUGAUGAUAGCUUGAUGAUGAGAUGAGUAAAAACUGUCGUAAUAAGAAUCAUAUGUUCAAAAUGCUGUUUUGUUUUGGCAAAAGUUGGCCCAAUACAUGGUCUAACCAGAAGUGUACAACAUAGUACUUGGGGUUA